AUGGACACCACUAAGCCAAGCAUCGAACAGGACGAGAACGUUGUCAAGGGCGACACCGCCAGCCUCAAGCCCACGGCCUCGAACCCAACUCCUGUGGAAUGGGCGCAGCACUUCACCAGCCAAGACGAGGCAUGGCACAAGAACAUGGACAAGACCCUCUUGAAGCGCGUGGACCGGCGUCUCAUGCCGACGCUCGUAGUCAUGUACCUCCUCAACUUCCUCGACCGCUCCAACCUCGCCCAGGCCCGUCAGGGAACACUCGAACGAGACCUGGGCAUGACGGGCACCGACUUCAAUCUCGCAACCUCCAUCUUCUUCGUCGGCUACCUCCUCAUGCAGCUCCCCUCGAACCUGCUCCUGACGCGCGUCAAGCCGUCCUUUUACCUCGCGGCAUCGUGCUGCCUGUGGGGCGUCGUGUCGACAUGCAACGCCGCGGCGGACAACUUUACGCAUCUCAUCGUGAUCCGCUUCUUCCUCGGCUUCGUCGAGGCGCCGUUCUUCCCCGGCGCCGUGUUCCUCAUGAGCUCGUGGUACACGCGCGCCGAGCUGACCCGCCGGAUCGCAUAUCUUUACGCCGGGAAUGCGCUGGCGAACAUGUUUGGCGGCCUGCUUGGCGCAGGCAUCCUUAGCGGGCUGGAGGGAGACCUGGGGAUCGCGGGAUGGCGAUGGCUUUUCAUCAUUGAAGGCGUAGUAGCCAUUGCAUUCGCCCUCGUCGCCAUGUGGAUUCUGCCCGACUACCCCCACACGACAAAGUGGCUGACGAACGAGGAGCGCGCGUACGCCGCCUGGCGUCUGAUCGAAGACAUCCAAGAGGCCGACACGUACGGCGAGCAGGGCAUCAUGGACGGCGUCAAGAUGGCGGUGCGCGACUACCGCCUGUACAUCUUCGUCCUGAUGCAGCACGUCAGUUUGAUAUCGCAGACGUUCCAGUACUUCUUUCCGACCAUCGUCGGCACGCUGGGGUACGGCAAGAUUACCAGCUAUGGCUCACUGCUCCCGCGUGGGACAAAGGACCGUUCGCUCCACAUUGUUUGCCUCACACUCCUUUCGGCCGUUGGCAACGCCAUCGCCACGGGAUCGACCAACGUCGGAGCCCGCUACUUUGCCAUGUUCCUCAUGCCUAUGGGCGCCAUCUCUGCAUACCAAAUCAUUGUGUCAUGGGUAGCAAACUCCUUCCCCCGCCCCCUCGUCAAGAGGUCCGCCUGCAUCGCCAUCGCCAACAUGAUCGGCAACACGGCGACCAUCUACGGCAGCUACCUGUACCCCAGCAGCACGGGCCCGCAGUACAUCCCCGGCGGCAGCGCCAACACGGCCAUCUGUGUCCUGGUCGCCGUGCUCGCGCUGGUGCUGCGGUACCUGCACAAGUGGGAGAACAAAAAGCUGGAGAGGGCGGAGCUGGACGCGGCGGUCUUGGCAGAGAGCGGCGAGAAGCUCCCCGUUGACUUGAAACAGGAGAAGAGGGCUGCUGGUUUUAGAUACAUUUACUAG